AUGCCAUUUCCCUUGAUUGCGGCCCCCGCCGCGGCGGCCGGCUUAGCAUAUCUCAACGCUCGCACCGGCUUCUGGUACGAUGUAAAGCUGUUCACGGGCACCUUCAAGGUCGCUGCACGAAUCAUCAUGCGGGAGCGCCAAGACCGCCUCAACAUGUUUUACAUCCUCGAGGACCACGCCAAGAACCCAUCAACAGCCACGAGGGACCUCGUCAUCUUCGAGGGCCGCCACCUCACCUACGCAGACGUCUACGACCGCGUCCUCCGCUACGGCACUUUCAUCAAGCACAAGUUCGGCGUCAAGCCUGGCGACAUUGUCGCCCUCGACUUUGAGAACUCCGACACCUUCAUCCUCGUAUGGUGGGCGCUCUGGAGCAUUGGCGCCAAGCCCGCAUUCAUCAACUACAACCUCACCGGCGAGCCCUUGAAGCAUUGUCUCAAGGCAGCCACCACCCGCCUAUGUCUCGUCGACCCCAGUGUCACCGAGCAAGUCACCGAGGAGGUCAAGGCCGCGCUUCCCGACACUCGUUUCGUCGUUUUCACCCCCGACCUUGAGGCUCAGGCCCAGGCCGCGCCACCCGUGCGAGCCCCGGAUGCCGACCGACACGAGGAGACGCUCGCCGGUAUGGCCCUUCUCAUCUACACAUCUGGUACGACGGGCAUGCCCAAGCCUGCCGUCGUCUCGUGGGCCAAGUGCAUCGUCGGCGGUACCAUGGCGGAGGGCCUGGUCUGUCGCGGCUCCCGCGAGAUCAUGUACACGUCCAUGCCCCUCUACCACUCGUCAGCAGCCGUCCUGUCCUUUUGCUCUACCGUCUCGGCCGGCAGCACGCAAGCACUGGGCCGCAGGUUCUCGACCAAGGUCUUUUGGGACGAGGUGCGCGCGACGGGUGCCACGUCGAUUCAAUACGUCGGCGAGACGCUGCGCUACCUCCUGGCGACGCCACCGCAGCGCGACCCGGCCACGGGCGAGAACCUCGACCGCAAGCACAACGUGACUCUUGCGUUUGGCAACGGCCUGCGGCCUGAUGUGUGGAACGAGUUCAAGGAGCGCUUUGGCGUGGACACGAUUGUCGAAUUUUACGCCGCAACCGAAGGCCCGUUUGCGACGUGGAACGUCAGUCGCAAUGACCUGACGGCGGGCGCCAUUGGACGCAACGGGUGGCUGUACAACGCGCUUCAGAAGAGGCGGGUCGCCAUCGUCGAAGUCGACUGGCAGACGGACGCACCGCUGCGCGACCCGACGAAUGGGUGGUGCAAACGCGUGGUCCCCGGGGAGCCGGGAGAGAUGCUGUUUAAUCUGCCGGCCGAUGACCUCGAGAGGCGCUUCCAGGGCUACUACGGCAACAAGAAGGCGACGCAAGACAAGAUCAUGCGCGACGUCUUCGUCAAGGGCGACGCCUGGUUCCGCACGGGCGACGUGACGCGCUGGGACUCGGACGGCCGCAUCUUCUUCAACGAUCGCAUCGGUGACACAUUCCGGUGGAAGUCAGAGAACGUGUCGACGGUCGAGGUCAGCCACGCCGUCGGGAUACACCCGUCGGUGCGCGAGGCCAACGUCUACGGCGUGCAAUUGCCGCACCAUGACGGCCGCGCUGGCUGCGUCGCCAUCAACUUUGACCACGACCCCCCGCGGCCCGACGCCCUGCGCAGCCUCGCCGGCCACGUGCGCUCCGUCUUGCCGCGCUAUGCCGUCCCGCUCUUUCUGCGCAUCGUCCCGGAGAUUGGCGGCGGCGCCCAGACGACGGGCACCAACAAGCAGCAGAAGCACACGCUGCGGCAGCAGGGCGUCCGUCCUGGCAACGGUGACUCUUCGAGUGACAUGUACUGGCUCAAGGGCGACGCGUACGUGCCAUUCGGGGACGCCGAGUGGAAGGCGCUCGAGGCUGGCGAGAUUAAGCUAUGAUGUGAGAGAUGCCGCCGGAGACCAUCGGCGAGUACAGGGCUUGCUAUAUAUGUACAUGAUUUGCCUCCAUACAGGGGAGUUUGAAGAAGCUUAAGUCUUCUUCUCCCCCUGGCCUUUGACUUUGCUUUUGUAGCGACCGAUGUCACCAUAGAGUACAGUGAAGGGAGAAAAAAAUAAGACUCUUGAUGCACUGUCGUGGGCCAUCUUUCCUUUCCUAGACUGUUAGGAGGCGAGGCCUUGGCGCCAUCUGGGAAUAUUGCUUACAAUGAGGCCUAGAUCUGAACGGACGGCUAUGCUGAACUGACUUAUAAAUACUUCGCUGAAUCUUCACAUACUUUUCAGAUUCUAUGUUCACGCAUAUGCCAGAGCCCUCGCCAGGGGAGGCAAUGUCUUUUAGGUGAGG